AUGUGUGGAAUCUUCGCUUGUCACCAUCAUCCCGAUGUGCAGAAAUUCAAGCCUACGGCUUUGCGGAUGGCAAAAGCCAUCCGUCAUCGAGGCCCCGAUUGGAGUGGAAGCUUCAUCAAGAACAAGACUAUUCUCGUGCACGAGCGUUUGAGUAUCGUCGGCGUUGACUCCGGAUCCCAGCCCCUUGUCAACGAUGACUCCUCUAUCGCCCUCGCCGUCAACGGUGAAAUCUAUAACCACCGCAUCCUCAGGAAAUCCCUCGAUGCCAACUAUAACUAUAAGACACAUUCCGACUGUGAGGUCAUCAUUCCAUUGUACAUGAAAUAUGGUGUCGACGCCCCUAAGCAUCUCGAUGGAAUGUUUUCCUGGGUUCUAUACGAUGCCAAUGAAGACCGUGUCAUUGCAGCCCGUGACCCCAUUGGUAUCACCAGUUUCUACCAGGGUUGGUCUUCCGAGACCCCUGGCGCAGUUUACUUCGCCUCCGAGUUGAAGAGUCUGCACCCCGUUUGCGACAAGAUUGUUGCCUUCCCUCCCGGUCACGUUUACGACUCCAAGACCGACACCAUGACCCGGUAUUUCGAACCUACUUGGUGGGAUCCUAAGCGAGUACCUUCGACUCCCAUCGACUAUAAAGCUAUCCGUGAAACGUUGGAGCGCUCAGUCCGCAAGCGUCUCAUGGCAGAAGUCCCCUAUGGCGUGCUUUUGUCUGGCGGUUUGGAUUCCAGCUUGGUUGCUGCCAUUGCGCAGCGCGAGACUCUUCGUACCAGGGAUCUGCAGAUGGCUGGAGGCUCGAUCGCCUCCGCCAACGGAGAGUCUGAGCUUGUAGGUAUUGACGAUGAGAACGACUUGUCGACCGUGACCGUCCUCGCUCAAUUGCACUCUUUCUCCAUUGGUCUGCCCGGUGCUCCUGAUACCGAGGCUGCUAUUGAAGUUGCUAAGUUCCUUGGCACCCGCCACCAUGCCUUCACAUUCACCAUUGAGGAUGGUCUCAACGCGCUCUCCGACGUGAUCUACCACCUCGAAACCUACGACGUCACCACUAUCCGUGCCUCAACUCCCAUGUACCUUUUGAGCAGAAAGAUUAAGGCCCUUGGUGUGAAGAUGGUUUUGAGUGGAGAGGGCAGUGACGAAAUCUUCGGUGGUUACCUUUACUUCCACGCUGCUCCCAACAAGGAGGAAUUCCAUGCCGAGACUGUCAGAAGAGUGAAGAACCUUCAUCUUGCUGACUGUCUCCGUGCCAACAAGUCCACAUCUGCAUGGGGUCUUGAGGCUCGUGUGCCCUUCUUGGACAAGCAGUUCCUAGAGACUUGCAUGAACAUCGACCCUCAGGAGAAGAUGAUCACCAAGGACCGCAUUGAGAAGUACAUUUUGCGAAAGGCAUUCGAUACCUCUGAUGAGCCCGACGUCGCGCCUUAUCUCCCAGACAAAAUCCUCUGGCGCCAAAAGGAGCAGUUCAGUGAUGGUGUCGGAUACGGAUGGAUUGAUGCUCUUAAGGACAACGCCGAGCUUCAUGUCACUGAUGAGAUGAUGAAGAACCCCAAGCCCGAAUGGGGCGAUGACAUUCCUACCACGAAAGAGGCCUACUGGUACCGCACGAUGUUUGACGAGCACUUCCCUCCUUCUUGCGCAAAAACCGUGGAGCGCUGGGUGCCAACAUGGUCCAAGCAGACCGACCCUAGUGGACGUGCCAUCGCAACCCACGUUGCCAAGUACGAAAGCGCAGCUUAG